GCUAUGACAUCACACGUCACGUCACGUCACGUCAAGUGUUAUGCAGGUUAGCACAUUUGAGAGCCCUGCACUCGCUCUCCUCAGCAGCUGUGCCACAAACAAAUAAAAAACGGUGUCACAUGAGUGUACGGAAAUACGAAAGACCUUAAACACAACGCAACAAGAUGGCAUCACACCCGGGAGGAGGCGAUCAAGGCAGUACUACAGAUCAGAUACUGGAAGUGGGAGCUGUUUUGUUAAAGGAUUUCAUCUAUGAGCGGGUCCGGCGGCAUGGAGACGGCAAUGCUACAGUGACCCGGGCGCAGCUGGGCGGAAGUGAGCUGUGUGACCCGAACCACAAGAAGCUCGCCCAGUGCCUGCAGCAGAUCGGCGACGAGCUCGAUGGGAAUGUAGAGCUCCAAAGGAUGAUAAACAAUUCAUCAAUCAGUCCCACAAAAGACAUGUUUGUGAAAGUCGCCAUAGAGAUCUUUUCAGAUGGGAGGUUCAACUGGGGCCGGGUUGUCGCCCUGUUCUACUUCGCCUGUCGCCUUGUCAUCAAAGCUCUCAUGACCCAAGUUCCUGAUAUCAUCAGAACAAUAAUCAACUGGACCUUGGACUACCUCCAGGAAAAUGUGAUCAACUGGAUCAGGGAGCAAGGUGGCUGGGAGGGGAUUCGGUCCUACUUCGGCACUCCCACAUGGCAGACCGUGGGAGUUUUCUUGGCUGGUGUUCUCACCACUGUUCUAGUCAUUCGCAAGAUGUGAGAGAUAUAAGGAAGGGAUGCAAGAGAAGGACGGCAAAAAAAAAAAAAAGUACUACGGAGAACCAGAUGUUGACACUUAAAAGAAAACAAAAGGAAGUAAUGUCAGAAUAAACGAGUGGAACAAGAGGAAUCUCGAUGAAUUUGGACAUGAGGAGCGACUUUUCGUUUCCGCCUCCCUUUCAUUUUCAUGAUUGGGAAUUAGACUGAACGCACCGUCGUACCCAUGAUCCUACGCCACUGAGGGAGUGAGCGGUGCGCGAUUACGUGCACAAAAUCGAGAGGGGCGGGAGGGUUGGUCAGACUUGAACAAGGAAUGCAUUUUAAAUAAUUUAUUUUUUACUUGGUACAGAUUUAAAAAAAAGUCACUGCAAUGUGUUUUCAAAACAAUAUAUCAGAUAAAGACGUGGAAGUUACAUUUCUCUCAGCACUGUUUUCCUUUAAGUUUUAUUUCUGUUCUACUCAGUUUGCAUUUCUGUUAGUUCCACUCUCACCGUGAGUCUCAACAAGGUGUGUAUGGUUUCUGUCUUCUUCACUUUGUUAAGUGUUAACUGGUGUCAAUCUGUGCUGGCAGUGAAACCUGAAUGGGAUUGGUCACAUUCUAUUAAGUUAAAAUAUGAUUUGUUUUGCAAAGAUUAAUUAGAUGUACCGAGAAGAUGCUACAGAGAAAUUACGUCUAGGCGACAAAAAACAAAAAAAAAAAAAACAUUUUUUUUACCCCCUUCGAUACACAGCUAAACCUUAUUCAAGCUAACACAAGUGCCACCUCAAAGAUUUGUAUAAAAGCCGUUUCCACAUUUGCACUCCUGAAAAUAUCUCAAGAAUUUCAGGAGGACUUCCCCUGAAAUCAUCCUGAUCUGGUCAAUCACACAUGCGCCACACAGCGGGAGACUAGUCCUGUUGGAUGGGGGGGGGGGUUCUGUAGUUCGGUCAAACCUGGUCAAUAGAAAAUUGUAAUGCAGCAGUUAAAUCCCAUGCACGGAGAUCGUACCAGUUGCGUACAUACAAUCUUUGGCCGUGCACCGAUCGCAGGGAAAUAAGAUCACCACCCCUCCAACUCGCUUGAGCUAUAUUCCCCUGAUUUAUAUCGUGCUGCGUUCUCUCAUCAGCUUACCUGGACUUUCUGCGGAAAGAAAUAUUAGGAGGCUGGCAGGAGAAACUCUGGAUAAAGUCAGAGUGAAGAAGUUGUCUGUUUGCCUUCACACAUGCAGCUCAUUCUGCAAACGUCAGGAGUUUUGUGCAAGUGUGAAAGCACGGCAAUGUUCCCUUUUACAUUCAUCUCACGUAACAAAUGUACAGCUUAUGGAAAAUUUCAUUGUAGGCUGCCUUUAGGCAUUUGACCAGCAUUGUGACCUUAAAAAAAAAUAGUUUCGAAUGCAGAGACGUGUGAGCCAUAAACUGUAAAUAUUAGUGGACGAACCCACCGCCCCCUGUUAAUACAGGCUGUCUCACCCCAACUUUACGUCAACCUAGCGUCAAGCUAAGAGCUGGAAUGGAUGCAGGUCCUACGCCUCUUGACAAAUGGUUCCAUUGCGCCCGCCCGUCAGACCAGCUACACGCUAACGCUUCUCCUUCAAAAAAUCAAAACGGAUGAGUUAUCAAAAAAUUCACCACAUGCUAAAUGUGUGUUGAUGGAGACAUUAGCUAGUCAUACCAAUGUCUUUUUCUGAACCAGGCUUUUUUUUUUGUUUUUGUUUUUUUGAAUGGGUGUUUAUGUGACUUCCGGUGCAUCUGCAGCCAGCCUCAAGCUGACACUCAACAAACUGCAGGAUUUGCACUAAUGCAUUGAUUUCAUUUUUUCAAUACUUGAGGUUGCCGCCUGGUAUGAACAGAUAUUCCAUGUGGUCUUUGGAAGAAGUUGCUCCACAGACAAAGAAAGCGCUCGAUUCCUUAGAGAUGCUUACCUCACGUCACACAAUUUCCAAGUACUGUAUUUUAUGUGAGCAAUUCAAACUGCAAUCAUACCUAAAUCACAAACAGCUUUUUUAUAGCCUAAAUGCUCCUUGUUUGUCAGUGCCUUGGUGUUUUUUUUACAAUGAAAUCACUUUCAUAUUCUCAAAUUUACUCUUUUUCUAUCACAUUUGUAAAGUCAAAAUCAAUUUCAAGUCUCCCUGAAAAUCUUUUUGCAGUGACCUUGUAUGUUGUAAUAUUGAAAAUAAAUCUUUAACUUACCGUCGCUGAAGACCUGUAUGUUAUUGGGAAUGGGGAUUUUAUUUGUAAGGCUUUUAGCAGUACUGCUCUGAAACAUGAUUCUGAUUUGUAAACCAUUUGCCCCAGCUGGACUCUUAAAGCUUGCACGAUUUACAGCAUGCUCUUUUCUUUGCUAGCACCUAUGGCUCUAAUGAGGGCAGAUUUGGCCAAACUUUACUACUUCAUGAUGGGAUCCCAAAAAAAAGAGGAAUGUCCCCAGAUACUCAUUCCUUCUUACUUAGGAUCUUUUGCACUUCCAUAUAGGAGGCUGACACUUAAAGUUAAGUGAAAUAUUGAAGGAGUUAUCAGCUGAUUGAUUUCCCUAACAUUUUGGCAACACAAAUGUCUCCCUCUGGGUGAUGAUAACAUUCUCAGCCACAUUUUUUUUUUUUAGUACCAUUAAAUAUCAUCUUAUGUCCCAAGGAAGCCAUAUUAGGACUUCAUGAAGUCACCCGAGGAACCUCUAAAGUCCUGAUCCACGGAUAAUAGUUUCUGGUCUGUUGGAAACACAAUAACAUUGUCACAGAGGAAAGGAAAACAUAAAGAGACACAAGCAAGAGAUGGAACAUGGAGCAAACUGCAAACUGCAUCAACCUAUACAACGAUCAGAUGGGUGUUGAGAUAAUGCUGAAGACUACGAGUACCAGAGUUUUCAAAGUGUGUGAAGUAAAACACACGUUUCACUUGCUUUUAGGUGAAAAAUAAAAACAAUGGUUGGUUAUCUCAAAGGGAGACUGAAGACACGUCAUUGGAGUAUUUUAAUGUCUGGAAAAAAAUUGGUUUUGAAAACUGUUGUGAUUAUAGUUUUGAAGAAAUGCUAUCAUAGCUGUGCUUUUCCUUUUCUUUAAACGUACCGUUUAUUUGUAUUAUGUGUCCAAUUUGUGUUGGAAUUGUUUUAAAUGCAUUAACAGUAUGGGAGAAAAAAUAUCAACACGAUAUGGUAUGUUA